AUGGGACAAAUUGAUGAAUCAAAAUCUACGCCAAAAAUGGCCAAGAGUUCAUCGGCCGUCAAAAAAAGUUCAUCAACGAAAGGAAAAGGCGGUGCAAGCGGUGGACUAGACAUAGACUUCUCGGACCCUAAAGUACAAGUAGCAGUACUAGUCGUUCUACUAACAGUGCUAGGAGCAGCACUUUGGUAUGGUUACACCCACGGCUGUUUACGGCGUCGACGAAGAAGGAACUCGUGUUGCUAA